ACGACAACGAAACGACAACAUCAAAGAGACGGCCUCACUCCGACGCACAACAUGACCGCCGCCAUGAAGGAGCCACCACUUCUCGCGGCACGCGAUCACGGCGCGUCCUAUGCGCCGACGAACCUGCGUCCACUCGUAGCCCGCGCGGAGAUUUUUGCGCGAUCAAAUGACUCUCCACUGUCGGCGGGUGGCAUCGCAGGCGCUGUGAUUGGUAGCGUCGUUGGCGCAAUUGUGAUUGCCUUUUGUGCAUAUCCUUUUAUCGUACGGUACAGGCGGAAGAGGCGAGGCGAUGCCCCAUUCGAUCCCGAGGCGGAGAUACAGGCUGCCCAACAACAGGCGAUGAAUGGAUCCGAAAACUCACCCGUCACGAAGCAACUCUCUAUGGAUCAAUAUGGCCGUGGACAGCCCAGCUCUGAGGAUAGCAAUGCUGCUGCUUCAAUGUUCAAGAAUGGGCCGGCUCAACAAGCCAGCCCUGGGAGCCCGCAAAACGGGCAGUCGGCCGCUGCGAUUUGUACACCUCCGCCAGAUCGACAACAUCAGUCACCAAAUCUGGAUUCCAUGGCUGGGCCCCAGCGGGCAGCCACAAACCUCACGGCAACAACUUUUGGCACACAGAUGACGACUCCGCCGCCAGAGAAGGAACGCCGAGGCUCUCAGGCUUCCACAUGGUCCGCACUAUCCAAAGCAAUGCGCUCUACCACCUCUGUGUUUCGUAGGACGAGCGAGAGGUCGAUGCCGCAGCAUUAUGCAUCCCAGGAUUCUUCGUGGACGCAGGCUCCAACGGGCCAGCCCAUGUAUCAAGAGCCCCUUUCCAUGGCCCCCGUGACGACGACCUACUCGACCAGCGGAGCGGCAGCAGCGUAUUACUACCCAGAGGGAGUGCCCGUAACUCAAUUGAACACACCGAUGACGGCACAGCCGAGCAUCUCUACCUUUGCCGACGCCCAAGCCUUUUCUCACAUGGGUACAGGAGCGCAGCCGGACCAAGAAUUCUCGCAGGGUUUACAACAGCCCGGCUACUCUGACCAGAAAAACAAUUCCUUGAUGACGCCGUCGCAAUCACCUGACAUGGUUAACCAGGGCUUCAAUGGAACACCUGUCUCGGGCCUUCAAAUGUUUGGCGCACCUACACAAGGGCAAGGGAUGUCAAACUUGGCUGGUGGAUCAGCAGAGGAUUUCACAUUCCCUCUGGGCACUGGGCAGUUGACGGCUAAUGGUCUUUCUAUCGUCAGUGGGACUGUCAACCCGCAAGAUCUCAACGCUGUGAACGCUGGCCUGAUGCCAGAUUGGCAAGCUGACCUUGGCAAUACUGGCUACCCUUCAGACCUGGGGGAGACGACCUCGUCACAGCAUAUUUCCAACCCCUCUCAGAUGCAAAUGAGUGAUCACCAAUUCUCGAAUAUACAGCAUCAGCAGGAAUCAAAUAUUGAUAUACCUAUUGGCGACAUCAGAGCGAUGGAUAAUUUCUUCGAAGGUGUCCCUGGAUAUACCAAAUCCGAGGCUGUCAACACCGAAACGACGCAGCCAAUGCAACAGUAUCCCCAAACAACUUCAGCCGCACCACUGCAACCGUACCAACCUUCCCCUCCGCUUGCGGCCCCGUAUACUCCUGUUUUAAUCAAGUCUGAGCCCGAUAUGGUUGAAAAUGUCUACAUGGAUUCUUUCGAGAACGCAUUUAACCCUGCACCAGAUCGCCAAGGUCACAAGCGCGACUACUCACAUUCAUCGGUGUCUGUCGGGAUACCAUCAAACUUUGCAAAUACUCCCAGCACACAUAUCACGGGGACCUCGUCUAGCUAUAGCGGCAGCUUAUCUCCCUGCCCUCCGCCACAGCAAGGCAUGUCUCCUGGAGAAGCGUCAGGCUCCGAGGCACCAAAACCUUUCAAGUGCGGUGACUGUGGCCGAGAAUUUGAGGAGAAGCAUAAGUUGAAUCACCACGUUCGAUACCACGACCGGAAGUAUCGCUGUUCGUAUACAGACUGCACAGCCACUUUCGGCACCAAGACUCAUCUGGAGCGCCACGUCAACGACAAGCAUACCAAGUCCAAGGGCUUCCACUGUAGCGUUGAAGGCUGCCCAUACUCUCGUGUCAACGGUAAAUCGUUUCCUCGCAAGGACAACUGGCGAAGGCAUAUGCAAAACAAGCACAAGCGCGAUCCGGACCAGGAACCGGUCGUUGCGGCCGAAGUCGAUCAAUCUAUGACGGAGUCUUAG